UGGCGACAACGCGCUCCCAGUGUGUUUAUCAAUGACGUGAAAGUUGGUGAGAUCCACGCCAUCUUCUCUGAGAGUAAUGUACUUGGGACUCCCUCUACUAUUCAUUUAUUUCAAGCGUUGAGCCAAGUCGUUUUAGAACAAAUUGAUAGGAAAUGCCCUGCGACAUUUGUCUUCCAAAUUCUUGUGGUUGCUGCGACAAGUAACAAAGACCGUGCUGAAGACGUUUGGGAAACGAUUUGGAAGAGCCUCUCACCACUCUUUAAAAAGUGCUGUUUACAUCCGGACGAAGACGUUUCGAUGGGCGCAGUGGACUGUUUGAGGCAGAUAGUCUCCCUCUUUAUAACAAAGAAAGAGGAGAACAGCAAGAACCAGAGAAGUUCGUUUGAACCAUUUUUGUGGACGGUGUCGGAUCAUGAGAAUGAAAAGGUCAAAGAAUUUGCACUGACGUGUAUCCAAAACAUGAGCAGUCUUCCUUGUUUUGUGGAGAACAUGAAGAGUGGGUGGACCACUUUGUUUGAGUGUCUUCGUUUCUCUGUCGAAUUUAACAUGACAAGGAAGACCGGGUUUGAGAUCUUAAAAAAAGUGUUUUGGGCGAACUGGACUGAAAUCGAACGGAACUUUGUGGUCGUGACAAACACCAUUGAAGAGUUCAGAAAGGUCAUGGAAGGAAGCGAAGAAAACAGAGAAGGAUAUCUUAAGGAAAUUAGUCGUAUGUUAGGGGAAAUUUUAACACGGAAAUUACAGAAGAGUCUUUCCACGAGGGAAGUCCCCAGUGCCGUCCAAAGAGCAACAAAAAGUGAAGAAGAGCGUGUUGAAAAAAAGACUGGUCUAAUACCAAUGAAAGUGACUUCGCUGGAAGACACGAGUCUUUUGUAUAUGACUGAUAUGAUCACUGUAUACAAUUGUAUAGUACUUUGUAUCACUUCAAAGUAUCACACUGUAGCAGAAGAUGCACUCUUUAUAUUACGGACUCAUUUAUUAAGUCUCCCAAAGAACCUUUUGGAUGUUGUCUUCUUUAAGACACUUUACUGCUGUUUUUCACCGGAAUUGCCGGAUAAAAUGACUAAGAUAAUGCGGUUGUUGUAUCAGGUGACGUUGGAGUUGCCAUUCCACUUAGUUCCCCCUGUUGUGUCAUUUGGGUAUAACGUGUUAUUAAACAGCGAAGUGUGCUGGGAGUCCACAAAAGUGUUUUUCAGCAUCUUAGUGAAAGACGAGAAGUUCAGAGAGAUAUCAGAAAUGUAUUAUUUAGAGCAAGAGAAGUAUUUUAAGUGUGUUGUGGACUCUCUGCGAGGGAUUUCAUCGAGUGUAUUCCACGAGGAUAUCUGUGAGCACAAGCCAAACAUUGUUUCUUGUGAGGUUUGUCAUCGAGAGUUUAUUAGGCACUUCAUGGCACAAUGUGGGUGUGGAGAACACGUCUACUGUGAAGAGCACAAAGUCAACGAACACUCGAAAGAGUGUGUGAAGAGAUGGAAGAAGUGGCGAAUAGAGCAAAGUGGGAUGAGUACGAUAUCGUGUAGAGGUUUAGUCGAGUACUUUGAUGUGAUUUCCUUAAUGGACGUCAACGCGACUGUGUUGAAGCAACUUGGAAAUUUGUGGAAAAGUUUGUUUGAGACAUUAGAAAAGCUUCCGAUGAAGACGGUUGCAAAGUCUUAUGAGAAAGUUGUCUUUGCGAUAUUCAAAACGCACAUCGCGGCAUUAAAAAGUUACGAGGACAUUGCCUUCACGUUUUUAAAGGAAAGUGCAAAUCAAAUAUUUUCAUUUUACUCGACAAACGGAUUUGUCUUGUGCAACUCAAAGCCCAUCAUUCUAUAUGUGUUGGAACAACUCAGUUCAUUGGAGGGAGACACAUUUUUAAAAGUCAUCAACGCAGUCUUUGACACGUUAGUAGUGUUAAUCAGUUCUGAUGACUUAGAUGUUCGGAAAGGUGUUGUUGGUAUAAUCAAGAAGAUUCAUUUCUUGAACCCAAUACACUGUUGA